GGCGAGCCGCGGCCCCGAGAGGCCAUGAAGGUGAAGAAGGGCGGCGGUGGCGGGGCCGGGACGGGGGCGGAGCCCGCUCCGGGGACCUCGGGCCGGAGCACCGAGCCCACCCUGGAGCCGCGGGUUGAAUCCGAAUCCGGGUCCGAGUCGGAGCCGGAGGCAGGCCCGGGGCCCAGGCCGGGACCGCUGCAGAGGAAGCAGCCCAUCGGGCCGGAGGAUGUCCUGGGGCUACAGCGGAUCACGGGCGACUACCUGUGCUCCCCUGAGGAGAACAUUUACAAGAUCGAUUUCGUCAGGUUCAAGAUUCGGGACAUGGACUCUGGCACUGUCCUCUUUGAAAUCAAGAAGCCCCCAGCCUCAGAGAGACUGCCCAUCAACCGGCGGGACCUGGACCCCAAUGCUGGGCGUUUUGUCCGCUACCAGUUCACCCCUGCCUUUCUCCGCCUGAGGCAGGUGGGAGCCACGGUGGAGUUCACGGUGGGAGAGAAGCCGGUCAACAACUUCCGCAUGAUUGAGCGGCACUACUUCCGCAACCAGCUCCUCAAGAGCUUCGACUUCCACUUUGGUUUCUGCAUCCCCAGCAGCAAGAACACAUGCGAGCACAUCUACGACUUUCCCCCGCUCUCUGAGGAGCUGAUGGCCAGGAACUGGGGUUGCUUGGCUGUCCUGUUUUCCCCUCGCCCCCCGCUCCUGAUGCCUGGCUGGGUCUCUCUUGCAGUCAGCGAGAUGAUCCGUCACCCAUAUGAGACACAGUCUGACAGCUUCUACUUCGUGGAUGACCGGCUGGUGAUGCACAACAAGGCAGACUAUUCCUACAGUGGGACUCCCUGACCCCCACGGCCACUCCUGACCCCAGGGGGCUCCAGGCCCUGAACUGUCACUGCCCCAGCUGUUCUGCCUUGGCAGUGUUGGUGCAGCCCUGACCAUUGAAUACUUUGGGGAGGAAGGGUGCCUGGUGUGCAUAGUCUACACCCAUAAAGUCCUCAGAGGGCUGGUGCAGGGGAAUAGGGUGGCAGGGGGAGGGUGCUGUUGGCUUCCAUGUCCAGAGAGGCCUCCUGUGAGAAGAGUAGCCUGGAUGCAGAGAUAAUUUCAGAAGGUCCCCUCUCUAGCUGUGACAAGGCCAGAGCAGGAUUCAUUGCUUGUCCCCUGCCCGUGACACCAUCAGGCCGUUUAGAGUUCAGAGUUCACAGACACAGAUCCACCAUGGGGUCUGGCCCCAGCCCUGGCUUCCCCCAGUGGAGGCCAAGACACAGCCCAGGGCGUUGGGACAGGGGGACUGGCCUGGGUUGCAGCCUGUAGUAGGAACUGAACCCGUUGUACAGAGUUUUCAAUAAACUUCCUCCUUUUCUGUUC